AUGCUAAAAGAGGCAAACCUUAGCACGGACAUAUCGUGUCAAACAGAAGAAGAGCAGAUCAAAGACAAAGAGGGAGAGGAAGAUCGUGACCCUGAGGUAAGAACACUAGCAAUAUGUCAUAUUGGUUAUUAACUAAUGGUUUAGACUAUUGAGAACUUUUAUCUAAGUAAACAAUAUGAUAUCUUCCUCUAUAGACAUCUCUGGGUCGCAGAACAGAUGAUAUGAGCAGCAGCAGUGAUCAAUCCUCAACAGGGGCCGUGCAGUAUAACAAUUUCAGCUGCAACAGCAGUGAUCCCUCUUCAAUUGGGGCCGUACAGGAUAAUUCCAAUGGCAGUGAUCCCUCUUCAACUAGAGCCGUGCAGUGUAAUAAUUCCAGCUGCAGUGAUCAAUCCUCAACAGGGGCCAUGCCUGCUAAUUCCCUGUGCAGCGGCAGUGAUUCCUCCUCAACAGGGUCCAUGCAGUGCAAUGGCAGCAUCAACAGUGUGCAAAAAGACAGCCUUAUUGUCCUGGAUGCAUCCACAACACAGGCUGUAGAGAACGUCAAUGGAAGCAGUGGCAGCAGUGUCCUACAAGACGGUGGCUCUAACUGUGAUGAUAUAAUAGAGAGCAGAACCAGCUCCAGUGAUCUACCCAUAACACCGGACCUGCAGGACAGUGAUAGCAGAGGCACCAAAAAGAAACAGCCACACAAAUCGAAGGCCAGACGAUUUUGGAAAUGUCUGCGGUCCUCAUGCUGCUGGUGUGGACCACCCAAAAAACGCUCCUAA